AUGAAGCACUGGGCGUUAUUGCUUCUUUCACUCGGCGCGUUGGUCUCUGCGGACAUCACGGUUGAAUUGUUCAGCGACGACGGAUGCGGCGGCGAUAUUGGGGUGUCGCUGGGCAAAGUCUCAUCAAAUGGAAACAACGAUAAAGACUCCAGCGGUUGUCAACCUGGGGCACCGUUUGGAUCCGUCAGAGUGAACUCUGGCGAUCCUGGCUUUCAAUGCAAUCUUUUCAGUGACAACACUUGCACGUCGUUCACGAAGACAGUCUUCUCGAACACAGUCGGCUGCACUGGUGUUAGUGGAUCCAGCCUUGUCUGCUUCAGCCAGGCCUUGUUCGACAACCCAUUCGCCGAAUCCCAGGUUACCGUCAAUCUCGGCACCAUUAUCCACUCAGAACAAGACAACAACCCGGUCAGUCUUCCACAGCUCUUUGCGAAAGCUUGCUCCAGCGGCGGCUGCGACCCUACCAACACCAUCGCCGUCAAAUUCGACGUCGAAGGGAAGCAGGGCACCAUCACUGCGAGCGCUGAUGGAUCCUUCGGCAAUCUCGACCAAGCCAAGUACACACAAUCGCUCCUCAUGGCAGCUAUGCCAAAAAUAAACAUUCGACCGGACAACUUGGGUACCACCGAUACCUCCGGUAAUCCACCCACGGUAUUUGACCUGCCCAACUUCGCCCGAGUGACGAUUAGAGACAAAAAAGGCGAUAUGCAGGCGUAUCUCAAGGUCACCUACAAGGUCGAAGGCUCGGACACAAACGAGAUAGAUUGUGGAGGUCUCUUCGCCGGGGUCACUGAGGCGGCUCUGAAAGCAGUCCCGGAAGUGGGUGGGCUGCUUGCUUCCGCCUUCCAAUGCGCUUGCAACGAAGUGGCCAGUGGUUCUUGCGGCGGGUCGAGCGGGAGUAAGCGUUCAAUCGCGGGUCAUACAAGCAGAGUGCUCUGA